AUGCACAAAAAUAAUAUACUGUCUCAAUCGCAACACGCAAAUUUCUUUUACACAAAUAUUGUAAAAACCAUGUCAAACCAAUCAAAUCCGCCAAAACCCAGUGGCCCACGUCCUAUUAAAUUACAACCGGAGCGAAUGCCACCUACCAUAGCAUCGCCUCAUCAGCUGGCUCAGUUUACAGCUGCAACUGCAGCUGGAUAUUCACCACGGCCACAAAUGUCUGCAUCAGAAUACAACGCUCCGACUGUCCGAGAGUCAAACACACAGACUACAACAACACCCACCACCCAGGCUACAACAACACCCACCACCCAGGCUACAACAACACCUGCCACUCAGGCUACAACAGCACCUGUCCCUCAGACUGCAUCAGCAACUAGUGCACAGCCUGCAACCACUGCCACCUCUGCAACUUCGUCGACAGUACAAGCCACACGAGAACAAAUUAAAGAAUAUACCGACAAAUUGAAUAGAUCACCAAUAAGACCAUUGCCACCGAAACCGAUCACUGAUUUAGAUAAAUUCAAAGGAUUCAAAUUUGUUACACUUCUCGGUUUAAUUCUUGAAAUGCUUGAUAUUUAUGAAAAAAUUACUGGCACAUUUGAAUGGGAAAUGUGUGAAAGUCAAACCGACCGUUGUGAGGAAUAUAUUCGAACAAAAUGUACGAAGAGACGAGUGUUUUUGGUAGCAUCAGGUGCAUUGGGAAAAGACAUUGUACCUAAAGUGCAUGAUUUACCGAACGUUUAUGCCAUUUAUGUGUUUUGCUCCGAUCUUUCCUACCACAUACCAUGGGCAACUAAAUAUUCUAAAGUGCGCGUUGUUUGUAACGAUGAUGCUGCACAUUUAAUACCGCGAAUGGCCAUCGACGUUGCUCAGUCAAAUAUAGAUUGGGGUAAUGCGCUUUUAGACAAAGGCGAUCGUGAGGGCGCCAAAGAAAAAUUCUUGGAAGCAAAGAAGAACUUAGAUAGCGACAAAUGUACAAACGCUGAUAGUGCCAUGAAAACAGAAGUGACUGAAAAGCUGAAAAAGUGCACAUGA